AUGCUAUGGGUUGGGAGGCAAUGGAACAAGAUUGCCAAAACGCUGGGAGCUGUUGCAUCCAAUGUCGAGUCCUCCAAUCCUGUCAUUGGCGUCCUGUGCCUUCUUGGAACAGGGUCUACCUGGGAAAGAGCAUCUGACGAAGCUCGCGAACUUGCGCUGCGCAGGUUAUGUAAGAAAACAGACCUUCACCGACAGGCCAUCAAAUAUGACGGCUUAGUGGACAGUACGGUUAAACGAAUCCUAGAUCAGCGCCCGUCUGCUCAGCUUGGUCCUGGGUCUCAUUCUGCGCGUCCAACAAUAGGCCUCCAGCUGACAAGACAUGUGUUUUUGCCACCGAUCUUAUUUGGACAAGCGCGUCAAGCUUCGACAUUGCCCAAUGCUGAGUCGCUGGCAGCCUCGGAUGCAGCGGUCCUAAAAGCUACCCCGAUCGGCACAGAAAACAAGCUUUUGUUGAUACUACUCAGCUUUCUCUCUGACUCACAAGUCUCUGUGGACAUGUUUUUCCAGGCAGCCAUGCCCCGAAGGGGGUGGGCCACAGAUGGCGGGGUUGAGAGUUCUUCGUCCGAAUGGGUUCUCGGCCAUACAUUAUCAACCAACGCCACAAUCAAAGCUGCGUUUGAUAGACUUGUGGAGUUAUCUCUGAUCUCGUCAACAGCAGAUGCAAGAUAUUCAGUCAAUGCCAAUACAAGAACGAUGAUCUUGAAUACAUUGCCGCUUGAGCUUCAUUCUUUUUGGCGGCAACAGGCCCUGUAUGUGGCUUGUGCAGCUAUUCCCUGGAAGUAUCUACAUUCGCCGAACCUUCAAAUAAGAGAGACCAUCAAGCCUCAUAUCAUUCACACCCUGAACGCUGUCAGAGAUUGCGAUGGCUAUGAGUCUGUGCCACUUGAUUACAUGACCGGGUUGGUCUCAGCUCUUGCCGAAGCAUCUCGAUUCUCUGGCUUGAAAUGGAAACGCACAAUGAUAACGGAGGCCCGAAAAAUCCUAAGCCACUCAUCGAAUGACUAUCUAGAACUGCUCAUUGUACAAAGAGAAGUCUUGCUUGAUCGGCUAUCGAAAGAGCCAGCCACAACUGUCACAUUGAACCAAGACUUAAACAACGAUCGGCGAACACACGCUGCUUCCGGGUCUGCAAUCAUCCAAGAGGCAUUGAAUCACUUCCAAAACGAAGAACUUUCCUUGGCUUUGAGCAUCAUGAACAAAUGGAGUCCAAUGCAAGACCCAGUCUCUACUCUUGAGAAUAUCAUUAUUUUCCGCAUAAACAUCCUCCGCGGGAAAAUCCUGCGCUAUCAGGGAAAAUUUGAGGAUGCUGUUCAGAGUCUGCGUUUAUCUCAAGACUUAAUUAAGGCCCAUAAAGAGAUCUACUUCGACGAAGACAUAGGAGACUUGAUUUCUGAGCUGGCCGAUACACUCCAGGAACUAGGAGAUUUUGCUCACAGUGAAGCACUACUCAGAACACAAUUAUCACAGGACAAUACACCAGCAACCAAAGUAAUUCUCCAGCUUUCUCUUAUGGAGUGUCUCUUUGCUCAACAAAAUGUUGCGGGGGCAGAGGUAUAUUAUGCUGACCUCAAGAAAUGCGAUACCAUGACGAAGAUGGCACGGCUGCGACUCUGCAUAAUUGCUGCUAAGCUAUGCCAUGUUCAGUCAAACUUGACUGAUGCAUUUGCGUGGUGGACAGAAGCCCUUCAAGCAAUGAACAAGUUUCCUCCGACUAGUGGCAAUGCAACAUGCAUUAUUUAUCUUUCCUUGUGUGACGUUUUGAAACGUCAAGGACAAAAGGAUUUGGAACAGAGCUCCCGAAUUGAAUUAGCUAAGCUUCAAAGUCUGUCAUCACACGCUGAGGCAAAAUACUGGAUUGCAGGGUUAAGACGCUGGCACGAAUACAUUAGCUCGCCAUCAUCCUAG